AUGAAAUCGCUGCGUUUCCUUGCUGCUGAGGGCUUCAUCAGGACUGGUCCAAGUACUCUGGAGAACCUCAACUGUGUGUCUUUUAAUCUCUACCCACUUCUCUUCAAGGCCUGCUACCUCCAUGAAGAGGCUGAUCUUCUGCAUGCUCUGGUCCAGACAUGGCCUCUUCCUGAGCUCAGCCUACAAAGACUCCUGGGAAAGACAACCGACUGUCAACUGGACCUCACCUCACGCACCUGCCACAUUUGUCUGAAGGCAGUUCUAACAGGCUUAAAGGAUUAUGUGCUGUCUCCUCCAAGAACUUAUGCCAAGAUCCUGCAUGUAGUUGACCUGACUGCCCUAAAGGACAUUCAGCACCAGGCCUGUCCCUGCCGGUCCACCCUGGGUCGAUGGGCACGAACCCAGCUCCUGACUCAAAUGUGCUAUGAAACUAUGGUGGCCAUGCAUGCCAGUGAUGUGUCCCAGUCUGCCCUUGAAACAUCUGUCGAUGUCCGCCUAAACGGCUUCGUCACAGGCCGCAACUAUGAGCUGGUGGCUCAGGCCUUAGUCCUCCGCUGCCACUGUCCACUGAAGCUUCGCUUUGUUAGUUUUCGAGCUGAUUCCCUAGCUCUCAAGCAGCUCUUUUAUGUUCUUCGACUAGCAGAACCUGAGUCCAUCAUAAAGCUGGAGGUGGUGCACAAUGUUCCACUGGAGGCCGCACAUCUGGAAGUGUUGCUGUCCAGGGUGGAAUUCCCCAGACUACAGUCUCUGAGCCUGCCGGCUGGAGCGUUGGACUUUAGGAGGCUGGGCUCUGAUGAUGAUGAUCUGCUGGCCACCAUCGGCAGUCUGCUGUCACGGCUGAGAAGACUGACUGAGCUCUAUGUUGGUUUCUCAACUCUCACUGGACACCUACGCAGACUGCUUAGUCCCCUCAACACUCCACUGCAGUGCCUAGAGUUGGCUAACUGUUGCCUGAACCGCAUCGACAUGACAUACCUGGCCAACAGCCUCCACAGUGAGGCCUUGGUCCGCUUGGACAUCAGUGGGCAUGACAUCUUCAGCACUUUCUCCACAUCUUUCCAUAAACUGCUCAGCCGAUGCUCAGCCACAUUAGUUAGCCUGGCACUUGAAGAGUGUAACAUAGAGGACGAGCACAUGAAUGCCUUCAUUAAUGUUCUAUCUGGCUGUCAGUCAUUGGAGGAGCUCAAACUCCUGGGAAACCCUCUGACUUCUGUAGCCCUUAAAAGGUUAUUCUCCAUGUUGUCUGAAGGCUUUCCUAAGCUGAAGUACAUAGAGGUACCAGUCCCCCGUGAGUGUUACUCUGAGGAUGUCACUUAUCCUCUUGAAGAUUCAGUCCUACUGCAUUACAACAAGGAGUUGUUUCAAGAAGUCAGGGGCCACCUGAUGGGCAUCCUGGAAGGAGCUGGCAGGGGGAAUGUGGAGGUGUGCACCCCCCUCAUGGGGGCCUACGAUCCAGACAUUAAUGAAACCAGCAACGAGCUCGGGGUGUCAAUGUUGAAAUCUUUUAACAGUGUCAUUGAGAACUUUAUAGGUACCAUAACUGAUGUGGACAACAGGAGAUCAUGGGUUCAGAAAGAGAAUUAA